UUUAAGAUCGCGGUUGUCAUUAGCUGAUUCAAUACAGACAAUAACAAAGCUGUCACAAAAUCCCCUGUGUUUGUGAGAUACCAUUUCAUAAAAUUUGCUAACCAGUUUUUGCAACGUUAUAUUAAAUGUUAGAGAGGGAUUCCAUUUAAAAAGACCAUGGAGAAGGAAAAACCACAAGCUAAGCAAAGGAAGAAAAACAAGACAAAAGCAAGAGAAGCCAUUGAAGAUGUUGUUGCCUCUUGCUCAAAAACAGAAGAUAUUUUACCCAAUGACACCCAAGUGGAGGUUGAAGAGGUUGCUGAAGCAAUAUUGCACAAUGAUGUAAUUACAACAGAUAAACCUAUUGUUAAAGAAGAUUGCAAUGAUUUGAAAGAUACAAUCAGUACAGAGUUGGAUGAAUCAUGUAAAGAUAAGAUAACAUUUUCUGUAGAAGGAAGUGUAUCAAAUGGUGAAUUGCAUAAUGAGAUUACUGUUAAUCAAAAUGAAAUUGAAGAAAAAAGUGCCAAAGAAAAGUUAUUAAUAAGUAAAACUGUUGUCAAUCAUCCAGUGACAAACUAUAAGGAUCUUAAGCAGCAACUUAAAGAGCUGCAUAUAAUUGAAACCAAUGUUGAAUCAAAGAUUGCAGUAAUAAAUAAGAUAAAACCAUUCACAGAGUCUCAAUUGAGUGCAUUAUAUGCAAACAGUGAGCUUGCAGCAGUUAAGCAAUUCACAGAUGAAUUCAUUGAGGCUGAAUUGAAGGGUUUGGCUGCCAAUAAACAUACUCUCCAUGAAUUGCUUAAAUCCUAUUUGCAAGUUCGCAGUAAAGUUCAAGCAAAUUUUUUGGAAAUUAAACAGCUCAGACAUGAUUACCAAGAAGCACAGAAUCAGCUGUGGACUUUAAGCAAUUCAGUUGCUCAUAAGAGAGGUGUUUGCAUGGAUGGUGUAUCUGUAAUGGCUACACAUACCUUUACAACUGCUAAAAUGCAUCAUAAUACUUACCAAUCUAUAAUUAGGAUGCAAAAUAAAUUGAGAGAAUUGACAAAUGAAACUCACGUUUUGUAUAGUUACACUGCUGAAGUGUUAAGGCUGCAGAUUCAUCUGUACAUACACAACAUAAAAGCUAGUACUAUGUCAAUGUGUAAUUUAUCCCAAAAUUCUCCUAUUUGUUUAAGUAUGCAACAACCACCAGAACAUAUGAUGCCCUAUUUACAAGAUUUGAGAUUAUGCAUAUCCAUUUUAUUUUCAUAUCUAAGAAAAUUGAUUAGAGACACAGAGUUUAUAAAGCAAAUUAGACAGUGGUUAAGUGAAUUGGUAUGUGUUCUGUUGCGUCUAGCAUGCUGGCAAGAUCAUUUGUUUAUUCUAAAUCACAUUCUAAGAUGUCAGCCAGGAAUUGGAAGUUGGGGUGCCCAAUACAUACAAUUCCCUUUAGUGGAUUUUAUUGAAUCUCCAUUUUCUAAUUAUGAAAUUAACCAUAUUCUUUCAAUGUUAUCUGUAAUUCUGUUACCAGUCAAUGAAAGGGAAUUAUUUCUAAAAGAGGUCUCUCAACUUAGUGAUGAGCCUACAGAAACUUUAUGGGUAAUAGUGGAUUCUGAUGGCGAGGAAGACGAAGAUUCGACUGGAGUUGCUUUGAGAGAAAACGAUUUGGUUGCCUUGUUAAAUCAAUUACCUCUUGACAAUCUCUUUAGGGCUGUACUUCUAAUCAAUAGAAGAGAUAAUGAAGAUUUCUAUGAUGUUUCUAAUUUAACUGAAAAUCACAUUUUGAGAUUCUUUGCAUUUUCGACGACUAUCUUAAAACUGUUCCAUCAAGGCUUGAAAAGUUAUGAUCAACUCAGAUACAUUCAAUUUUGUAAACGACUUAGCAGAUUAAUCAGACAUGUAGUACAAUACGCUACUGAUCAAUGGGAAAUAUAUUUGACAUAUAAGAAAUCUGAAGACAUGGCAAUGAUGGAUCGACUUCAAGUAGAAUACGAUGCAUUUUUUCUGCGUGCCAUCAACUAUUUGUAUAACGCUGAAAAAUUAGGAGCUUGGCAGUUUCUGGCCGUUAUACCGUAUGGAAUUAUAUCAAUAUCAACUUUAUGGAAAAUAUUUUAUUUUCUGCAUAAUUCUGAUUCAUCAGCAGAAGAUAUAUUAAAUCCAACUAAUAAUAUCAAUUAUAUGGAUAAAUUAUGGGAUAAAUCGUUACGUGAACAAUUUGAGGAAAAGAUAAUUUCCUUGGCAGAUGACGAAUGUUAUUACUUGUUAAACACAUUUGCUAAUAUGGCUUUAUCGAGGAAUGAAGAUGAUAUGAAGUUUAUUAAUUUAGCGACGAUGGACCUAUUACAGGUCGGUUUUGUAAGUCAAGUCACACAAGAAUCUUGUUCAAAAAAUGCUAGAAUUCUUCUGACUCAUAUCACAUCGAAAUAUUCAAAUCUUCUAUCAAACAUAUUGAAAGCAGUCAAAGAUAAUAUCUCCGCUAUCCAGUCUUACAGUUUAUAUUUAUAUGAAGAGUUACCAAUAUCUGCAUGGAAGUUAACAGAUGCUGAUUUGGAGAUUAUAUCAAAUUUAUUGUUGAAUAACAAUAUAAAUUCAGUUGAGAGCAAAUUAGCUAGAAUGAUAUUAUCAAGAUUGAAUUGGGAAUUGGUAGAAGACGGAAAACUGUUCUUACCUUAUAGUUUUCACUGUAAAAUAGCUACAUUAAUUGUGAACGCGGUAGCAUUAGAUCAAGGAUAUCUGCAUUGGGCUUGGCAAACUGCUUUUCGCUUAAGACUUCACAUAAGCGAUAAAGGUUUUACAAAUUUUCAAAAUGUCAAAGACAUUGAAUACUACGAUGCAAUUUCAAGAGGUGUAAGGAAUCAGGACCCUCUGUCGUGUUUUCUAUCAGUUUUAAUAACAUCCUGGGGACAUUUAAUACCUCUUGUAUGUUCAAAAGGGUUUGAUCAAUUGCUGUUCCUUCAAACCCAUCAAAAGCAUGAAGCUGUUCUCUUUGCUCUUAAUCAAAUAGUGCCGCUCUUCAUAAACUGUCAAGAAUCCGUUAUCAAUUUGGAAAAAUUUCAAAUGAUAAUUUUGGGCCUUUUAAACGCGGAUCGAACAUAUAUAAAUAUUGCAAAAAGUUUGGUAACUGUGCAGAACACGAUUUUGGAACAAUUCGGAAACAUGAUUGAAUCACAGAUUGCUAAUUACAGUUGGUACGGAGUGGAAAGUCCAAGGUAUAUUGUUAGAUUGUGGAUAAACUCUUUGGUUUCGGUCCCAAAUUGGAAUAGGGAUUAUGGUGUUAUGUAUUUAUUGGAUAUUAUGAUUCGAGCUUCUUUAUCCUUUUCCGACACAUUAGACGUCAUUGUUAGCAUAUUGAAAGAGUUGUUACAGUGUGCAACACCUCAAGAACAAACUAAUUCAAUCGCAUCGUUGUUCAAAUGGGUGUCUCAAUCUAAUUCGCAAAACACCCUACUUAUAAAUAGCUCUCUCUCGAGUUGUCCAUAUUUGUCGUACAUCAUGUUUAGAAUUGAGUUUGAAGAGCGAGAAAGAUCGACAGGCCUCUGGAAUGAAAUCUUACUGCAACUAAAAAAUCAAAAAGGAAAAGUUAACGUUGAUAAUGCAAUUAGAAAAGCGGCUAAUAAAUUAAAGUUGCCUUCAUUUUCGUCUGGAUCUCUAAGUAUCUUUAGAUGGGCUCAGCAGAUUCUGGACACACCUAUUCAUCACCCAAUCAUAGUGUUGCUGUGGCAAAAAUUCUUCUGCUUAUAUUUAUAUCGAGUUCCAAUGUGCGGUACCGUGGAAGGAGGCUGCGUGGGUGAUAAAUUCUUCGAAGGAAUGAUCAACUACAAUUUUCUCCAAAGAUUAAAGAAAUGUCUUCAAGAAACUGUUGCUCAUUAUAAGAAGAUAGUAAGCGAGUCUCGUUUCGAAGAACUUCCAGCUGUUAAGCAAUUGUUCUAUCAAUCAAAUUUAAAUUUAUUCACGGCUUAUAGCUUGUGGCUUGAGGAACCUCGUUUACAGGAUGCCUCGCUGUACAUCCCUGGGUUACCACCACAGUACGAACCCGUAUUAUUGAAUUUGAUAAUGCAAUGCAACGAUGCGCAAUGGUUUACUUACGUUGAUCAUGAUGUAAUUAAAGAGCAUCAAAUUGCCUGUAUCAAAACUUGGCGAUGCGCAAAUUAUAGGGAGAGGAAAAAUAUUAAUAAGCCGCUUUUAAACAUUGGUAGUAAUUACGAAGGAGAUGAUCCAGUGCAACGGAUUUUAAGGCGGUUACAUUCUUAUGACACGCCCAAAUCUGCACCCUCUAUUACCAUAACAAAAUCGUUAUUGGCUAAUAUUCAAUGGCAGGAUAAGCGCAGCAUGUUUUCUUCUUUGAAUGUAUUUAUAAAGACUAUUCAGGAUUUUGCUCACAACCAUGCAUUGCAAGUGUCUGAACACAAAGCUCUGGACAGUGGCUACCAAGAACGAGUGCCACAACUUUAUAGAUCAUAUAUAAAUAAAAUCAAGAAAUCUGUGCCUUGCACUGGUUCUAAUAAAACGGUGAAUUGCUCGGGCGCAGCUGUAAUUCUUGUGGAAAGCCAGGAAGCAGCAAUUAAUGAACAUAUCGACAUGCAAAUACAGAGUAAUAGAAAGGAUCAUGAAGUUUUGAUCGCCAAAUUUUUGCAAGUUCCGUCACAAAGUUUGUGCUUAGCGUCAAUUAAUCUUCAAAAUGGUAUAAGUUUACUCCAAACACAGAGAGAAAUGCAUGCCGAAUAUUCAGCGUUAGGUGUCGAAUUAUUCUAUUAUAUUUUGUCAUUAUUGAAUGAAGAAACAUCUAAUUAUUUGCCGUCCAAAAAGUUAUUUACAGAGUGCAUGGAAAGACUCGGACAGAUACAUAUUUAUGGCAUUGAGUCAGAGACACCGACACUUUUAAACAAGAUUCUAAAGGAGCCAACGAAUGGCAUGUAUUUAGUAACGCAUUUUUGUCCUAUCAAUCUUGGCACAGCAAAUUUUUUGCUUAUGUACUCGAUGAUAUCAAAAAGAUGCGCUCAGCGAUACGAUUUAUGGUACUCUUUAUUAUCAAAGUUUGAUGUGACACAUUGGUUGUUGAAAAAUCAACCGAAAUUGAGCGAAAUUGUUCAACUUCAAGAUAUAAUAUUUCAGGCUCUGAUACAGUUUGGUCAAGAGCCUGAAUCGAUUGUUGUGCACGAACAUUAUCGAAGACAUUUAAUACAGAUAUUUGAGUUUCAAUUCCCAGAACAUUAUGGUGAAGUCCUUGUGCGUCUUUUAAAAGCCAGCACUGGUGCCGAUGCUGAUUCUAUAUCAGUUAGUGUUUGGCUGGAUGUGCUGAACUCGCUUUCAAAGCCUUUAGUUUGGGAAAUUGGUGGAAAUAAAAGAGAUAAAUUAAGAGAAUAUGCAACUAGCCAAAAAAAGUUGCACUAUCAAGAAAUUUUGGAGACCGCCCUCCUACUUUCCAGACAUUACACUAAUGACAGAUUCCAAUACGGUUUGUAUGGGCUCUACCCGAAGACGAGAAACUUUGUUGAUGUUAUUGCUUUGUUGCUGGGAACAACCGGACAUGCAUUAAUUAUAAGCGCCCUGGAAACACAUCAGGGCCUUUUAGGUGAUAAAAUUUGCGAAAUUAUUUGGCCACAACUACGGGACUUGUUUGCCCCGUGGGUUUUACCCUAUUGGACCAACAAUAUGAAAGAAAAUAUGGCCAACUGGAUUCAACAGUUAACUGACGAUCGUACUGUUUUACUACCAUGGAUACCAGCUAAUGCACCAUUCGCCCAGAAAAUCGUGGACAUGUUCUUCGAAUGUCUUCUGUUCCUUGUGCAAACGCUACCAGCUAAUAAUAUUUUAAGUUAUGUAUGGCAAUGGUAUGUAUCAAAUUUUGCUCAUGUCGCUGUUAAGGAUCAUAUUUUGAAUGUGAUACAUCAUUCUUUAAUAAAUUUACCCUGGAAUAAAUUUUGGCCUUCCAUUCCCGAUUUGGAAUUUAUGCUAAAGUUGGUUGAUCAAUAUGUGCCAGAAUGUCACACCUUUUUGGGGCACAUUUUUAUUGAAAUUCCUUGGCGUCCCUGGAUAUAUACUUUAAACGAAAAUGUAACUGCAAUAACGGCGAAAGCCAGAAUUUACCAUUGCUUAUUAAAUAUUUUGGUGAAACUCUCAAAUGAACCGAAUAUGAGAAAUAACUAUGAGGAUAGAUUAAAGCCUUUGUUGAUGCAAGCUGAAACAUUUGAUUGGAGUAUUUUGGAAACAAAUUCAGUGCAACAAGCGCUGGAUUGGUAUGUGAUGAGCUGUGAUCCAAUGAUUCUUUUUAAACGUGAUUCUCUAGAUUUAGAUUAUAGAAUUAUACAAUUUUUAAGAACGGUAUGUUGUUAUACUGUAGCUUUGAACCAUUAUGACCAAAAAGUCCGGGAAAAAAGGCAUAUCUUUGUGCGGAGCUACAUGAAAUUAGUAGUUGUGUUUACAAAUCGCUACAAGAAUAUUAUACCCACUAAAGAAGUUGAUCUUGUCAAUGUGAUAAAGUCUCAACUGAAUGAUAUGGAAAAUAUUGUUAACGUUGAGGAGGACAUGAACUUAAUUUUAAGUGAAAUAUUGGCUGUGUUGAAUCAAAGUUGUUUAAAGAAGUUUAUGAUUGAAUGUUUUAUUCAAUGGAUUGCUAGUCGUGAGGGCGAUGCUAUGGCUAUUAAGAGUACUCUGAUGGUUUUAGGCCAUUCCGUUAUGGAUCCGGAAAUUGUUUCGAUUUUAUACGAAUCAUGCAUUCACACGUAUUUUGAAAAUAAUGUAUCAAAUAUGGAUAAAACAUCAUGGAAAGAACUUUCGAAGUGUUUGAAAUUUAACACCUUAAAGCAGAGUGUACUUACUGACGUAUUAAUAGUAAAUGGAAGUAUUUUCACUAUGCACGUUCUCUUGCUUCAGAAAAUUGAUAGUUCGAAACCGUUGCUCAAUUUAUCUUUGCAGUGGUUACAGUCUAUUAAAGUUACAAGUAACAUCGAAGCUAAAAUGCCUUUAAUUUGGAGCGAUAUUUUGGAUAUGUGUUUCGAAAGCUUGAAGACGAAUGAAGCUGCAACGGCCACAGCCCUGUAUAAAUUCGCGAAAUGUCUCUUACAAAUAUCCGAGCAAAAGGAUGGAAUGAAAUGGGGUGUUUUAUUAAACGUCAUUGGUAUAGGCAAACAAAAUGAAGUUACCAUUAAUUUUAAAUUUGUGUGUCGAGCUGUGGGCGGAUACGUUUUAGCCCAACUUCCCGAAUCUAAGGGUAAAUCUCAAACAGUUAGAAGUACUCCAAAUUCGCCUUGCACAGUUGGUCAACCGGGGGGUAACGCUGAGGUGUCCAAGAUGUUACUCAAAUUAGAUUUUGGUCAGUCUCAAGGAAAAAUCAAAGAAUGUGCUGAGGGAGUACUGAGACAAAUUCAAGAUCCAGCCAAUUCAUUGCAUAACGUGAAAGAUUUUUUGAACAACAUAUUGCAACAGUUCUAUACAUAUAGUUAUUUAAAGGAGAUGGAUUAAUAUUUUUCUAAAAUAUAUUUU